GAUCGCAUUCUCCCAAUGCGCUUUGACUGCCACCGGCGCGGAUCGCAUUACCCGCGUGCGAUCUGGGAUCCAAGGCGCGGAUCGCUCUGCUGGCGUGCGCUUAGCCGUUGGAUCGGCUGUCAAUCGGACGAUCUGGUGGAUCGCAACGAGUCCUCCCCAAAUCGCAUCAGUCGGGUGCGUUUUAUAUUGUGGAUUGCACCCCUCUGAUGCGUUUUACGUGUAGAUCGCAUCUGUAAGGUGCGGUUUACAUUUAAAACGCAUCUUAGGGGUGCGUUCCAAAAAAUAAGGUGCUAUUAGUGGAAUUUCUUUUAAAUAGGUGCUAUUUUUGUAAUUUUUUUUUUAAAGGUGCUAUUAUUGGAAAAAUCCCGGGAUUGAUUGCCUGAUUGAUCCUUGUGUCGGACUUUGGUUUUACUUGUUUGGAUCAACGAUCUCAUCUCUUGUUUUGGAUCACGGGCUCACGAGGAUCGGCAUUGAUGGGCUGCUGCUGACUCUCAAGUCUCAAUCUACCGUGUUUUGGGUACAUGGGAGGCGUGCAGCCAAGAAGAACUUGUAUAUGCCUAAAAUCAGGCCGGUUUAGUGGUUUAGGUGGCGGAUCGGUAAGUCGGGUUAAGGGUUGAGAUUCGAUGAAGGGUUAAGUAAUUAGAAGUAAUUAUGUGAAUGUAUGUGUAAUUGUUUAUCUUGAUGGAUGUUGUGUUAUGUGUAUAUCCUUUCUUUUUGUGUGUAUUUACUCAGUAUUUUUAAUAUAACAGAAUAGUUAACAAUAUCCGUUAUGUUUUGUAUCAAAAGUUGAAAAUAUCAUAAACUAAGAAGCGCUAUAAAAUAUAGGUAUCAGUGGACCUAUCUUUGAUACCAUGGCUAUAUCUCAGCUUGAUUGUUCUAUACAUAUAUUACUCUGCUCAUAAUAAUUUAUAUGAUAUGAAUAUUUAAUGAAAAAUGUAACAUAAAAUCGUAAUAGAUACUAAUAUAAUUUUGCUUUACCGUAAGAAUCAAAAUUCAAUAACACGACAAUCUUUCUGGGAAGAAAUGGUGAAAAUUGUUAAUUUAACUUACAUUCUUCGUUAUUUAUUUUUUUUUUUUAGAAACAUUUUUCGUUAAUUUGAAUAUGAAUAUUGAGAUAUCGUUCCUUUUAUUAUUUAUUUUAGUUUAUAAUGUAAAAGGCCCAAUAUAUAUUGGGUUAGCUGACUACAAAUUAGAAGCCCAAUUACAUCACGGCCCAACGUCCUUCUACGGGCCUAUCAGUCAUCGACGUGGCGGGAACAUAUGGACACCGACAAGUCAAAGGCCACCGCAGACGGACAAGACAUCCGAAAACCUCUGGCCUUCCCAAUGCCAAGAAGAAGAACAACGCAGCUGCCUUUCUCUGACCAGUGACAGCCGAUAAAAAAGAAAAACAAACACCCAACUUCGCUGCUGCAAAUUCGGGCAUCUAAAAAGAAACCAAGAGCCCAAUCUCCCCUAACCAUGGGGCUCUACUCCUUCACCUUGGCCGGCGGUGGCUACAUCCUAAUCGGCGCUUGGGAAUCCCUCCGCCCAAUCUCCGCCGCUGACCCAUCGUCCAAAUCAGAAACUUUGAGAACCGCGAAUUCAAACCCAGAUGCCGGUUCUUCUUGCACUUCUCCAUUGACGUACGCCGCCGUCUGCCUCUUCUCCUUCCUCUUCAUGGCCGACUCACUGAUCUCCCUCUUCAGUGCCGUUGAUUCCAACGACGGAAUCGGCUCCGCCCUCCAGUUACAAAUCCUCCCGAUCGCCGCUCUCUUCUUCCUCUACUCGAUUCUGGGUUUGGCAACCGAGCUCUCCUUAACCAAUAUUCGGUUCCCUUCCAAGCUCGUCAAUCUAAUCGCCCUCUUCGGCUUCGUCGAGGAAUUCCUGCUCUACUACCUGCAAAAGAAGGACAAGACCGGGAUUGAGAACAGGUACUUCGACCUCAUCCUCGUUCCCAUCGCGAUUUGCAUCUUUUCAACUCUUCUCGAAUUGAAACUAUCUGGGUCAGAAUCAGAAUCGAGUUGCUACCCGAGAUUGGGCCGUGGGUUCGGGUUGAUUCUGCACGGGACGUGGUUUGUGCAAAUGGGGAUUUCCUUUUACUCCAAUUUGAUUGUUCAGGGAUGCCACUUGCGAGCCAAGAGUAGAGGGAACUAUACCAUAGCUUGUAAAGGCCAUCCCGAGUACCAUAGGGCUAAUGGGAUUGCUACACUUCAGUUUAACUGCCAUCUAGCGUUGAUUGUGGUCCUGGCUUCUGCUUUGUACUCGAGUAUAGUGAAGAAGAUGGGUGGUUACUGCGGUGGUGAUUCGGAGAGAAGAAACUAUAAGCCUCUAGGUGCUAUUGCAGAAAUGGUGCAGAUGGAAAGUGGUGGUGGAACGUUUACUCUGGAGUCUGAUGACGAUGAAAUUAGAGAAGAGGAGAAUGGGAACAAGGAGUUGAGAGUAGGAGCUAAUGGUUAUGGUUCUCAUGACUAAAGGUGAAUGAUAUAUAAUUCUCUUCGUUCCCUAUUUUCCUGUAUACCUCACAGCAAAAGGAAUUCAUUUUUCUACUUCUUCCUGUUGUUCUGUAGAUGGAUCUCAGUUUUGUGGUUAAUCAAUAGAGAGAUGAUAUGAAUGAACACCCUUUUGGGGUGCAUUAACAUGAUUCUCAUUACUUCCCUUUUUCAUAUUCACAAUCAUUAGAGGUGUUCAGCCUUUGUCUUCCCUUUUGUGAUCAAUCAUCAUGGCCCAUGGUGUAUGGCUGUAUGAUGGUUUCAGGGCUUGGAAAUUCUUAGAAAUGCUCUGUUGAUGGCUUCCUUUUUGUUUUUUCAUUGCAUGGGUUGUAAAGAUCAUGGGUGGGUGGGGAAUGAUUAUUGCCAUCUUUUCUGCUAGUGAGAAUCCAUUGUUGGUUAAGGAAGUCACUUUUCUGUUCUUUUCAAUCAUUUGGGUGUGAUGAAUAAUAAACCAGAGAGUGGGAAAGUGACUUGCAGGCGGACUGUCACUGCACAAGAUCAAUCACUCCUCUAAAUCCUCUUAUCAAAUCAAAAUGACAUGGUAUAUUGAAGUACUCAUCAUUUUGGGGGAAAAGUGGAGAUGAUUGAGAAUGAGAGGGGGAAUGUUUUCAACCUGGAACAAGCCAAAUGUUUGCUUGUAACUUACUUCUGGUCAAUUUUCUCUCCCUUGAUCUUUUCCCCUUCCUGAUAUCAUCACUGCCUUUUGGCCUAUUGUUACUCGGUAGAUUGUGUAACUUUUCUUCUUCAUGUAGUCACGUGCUGAAUGCCUGAAUGAUCCAUGAAAGUUGGUUGAAUUUUAGAUUCAGCGACAGACAAAUUGCUAACUGCCUAACUGGGAUUGAAUGAAUUUCUUAAUCUGGAUCUGGUCCCUGUGCUGGUCCCCCAUGGCAUCCAGAAUGCAACCAUCAUCUACUGCCCAAUUGGGCAGCUUUGGUGGUGAUGACAAUGUUGUGUUGUUUAACUUGAUUAUGGUGUAAUACUUUCAUACGCAGAUUCCUUUUAGGGAGAGGACAUGAAAGAAAGGUGGUUCAUUACUAUAUUAGAAUGACAAACAUCAUCAUUACAUAUGCUGGGUGUAAAAGAAGAGGCUUGUCUCUUCCAAAUUUUUUUUUUUUUGACAUUUUCCAAUUUCAUGACAUAUUAUCUUUAUCUGAACGGCUAAUCUAUUAUUGCCUAUUGGGGCCAAAGGUUUGCUCAAUCACCAUGAAUCAUACUAUUUAUUAUCAUAGGAUUGAGCAAAGAGGGUGUCCAUGAAAUUUGAAAAAUGAGAUGAUAAAAGGUGGAAACACCCUGUAACACCUUUUGUCGUCAAAGUAGAUAACAUUUAUUGCGUUUUGAGUGUAGAUCUUGUGAUCGUAAAAACAUUCGAAGACACAUUAUAGUAUAGAAGUGAUGAUUUGUUUAUCAAAACUUUUUGAGAGGACCUAAGAGUUACUAUUAUGAAAAACAAGUUGGUAGAUCCUCAUUUGGUUAUUGACUGGCUUGGGAUAUGGGGGUAUACGAAGGUACUUCAACACAUAUUGACUCUUCCAUCACGAUUCAAAUGAUACAAUUUUUUUUAACUUUCCAACUAGAUUUUUUAGUAUAUGUGAGGUACAAUUUCUAGUUUUCCUACUUGAGUUUUGUUUACGUCAAGGCGAGUUACUUGCCUCCUCUUUCUUGGCAAGUCUGUCUCUCUCUCACAUAUGUUUGUGAUUUGAUCCAUUUGCAGAAUGAAUAUUUUAUUUACUU